AUGCCUCGAGGACAAUGGAACAAGACGCCAUCUUUUCAUGUGUUCCAAGAGAAGGAGCAAAAGAACUGUGUGAAGCACUUGCAGCAAUAUUCAGUAAGUCAGGUGAAACAGAUUGGAGUAAAUUCUUGUGAGAAGGAGGAGGUGAAGCAAGAGGUGAAGAAGAAGGUGAUGGAGAAGCUGAAGAAGGAGGUGAUGGAAGAGGUGAAGGAGAAAGUGAAGGUGAAGAUAAAAGUGGUGAGUACAAAUAGCUUGGGUAAAAUUAAUACUGCAGUCAUGGUGGCUCGCCUGAUGCCAGUAGAUCACCUUAAAUCUCUUCUCGUCACUCCGCAGCUCUCAGAAUACUCGACUCUGUUAAGAGUUCGGCACGAUCCACCACGCCGUAAACUACCCACUGCUCAGGGAGCUUCCAGGAUCACCCUGGGGGAGGUUAGAUAUGCCGUCAGUGCAGGUGGUGAUGCACACAUUGAUAUUUAUGGUGUGAGGUAUGAGAAGGAUCCCCUGACUGGUAAAGUGGGCACAGCUUCGGACUUCGGCAAGCAAUUUGUUAUUGGAAGAGUGCCACCUGGUGAUCAGGUGCUGUAUCAGACUGAAAGGCAUCACCAUUCAACUUUUGGAUAUGAAAUUCCUCUCAAAGGUGACGGAGACUACGUUCUUAAAUUUUCAGAGCUGUACUUCAGUGCACUAGAUCACAAGGUAUUUGAUGUUGUAAUGAACAACUAUAUUACAGUAGUUCCGGCACUUGACAUCUUCGGCAGAGUGGGCAGAGGCGUGGCUCACAACGAGUAUGUUCCUUUCACAAUUCUCUAUAACACACUUAUAGUUGGGGGUCAAGAGAGUCCACUCAGAAGUAGCAAAGUCAAGGUUGACUUUGUCAAGGGUUACAAAGAUAAUCCGAAAGUCAAUGCAAUUUUUGUAAUCAAGGGAAGAUUAGAUAAUGUGCCCAAGGUGCCGCCUUUACUCAGGGAAGAGGAUCUCGAUAGUGAUGUAGAGGAGCCCCGGCCGAGUGCAAACUUGCCAAACAGUAAUAACCAAAACAAACAGUCGCAGACUAUGAAGCUCCGACCCAGCGGUCCUCGCACUCCCGACCCCUAUGCCCUGGACGACACCAGUUCUAUGCUACCCGUGUUUGUUGCUAUAGGGGCCGCUAUUCCCAUUCUCUUUUGUCUGUGUAAACUGUGA